AUGGACUCGACCUACCUUGAGGCGACGGCCGAGGCGGCGCCGCUGAGUGAAGCCGGAGAAGGACAGGUCCAGGGAGACUACCCCUGGCUUGGAGGCAUCGAACCAACCGCCAUGUCGUACCCCGGACUGGCCGUGAGCCCGUAUGUUGCGGCUUCGCCGACACCACUGCACUCUCCCGAGACGCCACUUCUUGACCAGCCUCUCUUCCCGUCCGCGAUGGGAGACUUUGCCUACCUUGACCAGCCGUACGGAGACUUCCUCCCCGUGAGCUACCCCAUCGGGGGUGUCUCCCAGGGCCUGUUCCCCUUCCGACUUGGACAUGGAGGGUCAACUGCCCUCUCAGAUCGAUACGACUUCACCAGCGCCACCAGCGCCGGUCUGUACAGCUCCGUCGGCGCAUGGCCCACUCAGGCCUCGCCGACGAGCUUCCUGCUGACUCCUCCCACGGCAGACGAUCUCUCCCAGGACUCGGCCCCGGAGGACGACGACGGGUCCUCGGACGAAGAGCCGCGAAAGCGCAGGCGCUCAGCCUCGGCCGCCAAGUCCAAGAAGCGCCCACGCACGCAGCUCCGCACCGCCUCGCGCGCGCCCAAGAAGCGCCCCAACAUCCUCCCGCAGCGGCCCACGGAGACGGUCGAGGACGUCAAGGCGCGGGCGGCGCACAACCAGGUCGAGCAGCAGUACCGCAAGCGGCUGAACCUGCACUUCGAGCGGCUGCUGUCGGUGCUGCCGGCGCCCGGGUCGUCGGUCAUCGGCGGCGGGCGGCGCGACGGCAUCGGCGAGCGGCGCGUGAGCAAGGCCGAGGUGCUGGACCUGGCUACGGAGCGCAUCCAGGUUCUGGAGCGGGACAUGGCGCGGCUGGAGAGGGAGAGGAGGGAGUUGAGGGUGCGGUUGGGAGGGUGUGUGAUGUGA